AAAUGAAGUCCUUGUGUAUGGCUCGCGUGACCUUCAUUAAGAUGCGCUUUGUUUCUGAACGCGUUCACACCUUCUGUCCAAAGAGGGCCCUUCUCCACCCCAUCAUGGAUUGCUGUGCAUCCUGGUGGCAUUCUUGCCACGUUCAGUUGUUCCACAGCCUUAUGCCUGAUAGACCCUCCACAGCUCCCCAUAGUUUAGGGCCUCCCCAGGUCUGAAUCCAGCCCAGAUGGGAAAGGCCACACUGGAUGUAGAUGUCUCCCCAGGAGGAAGGGCAUGAACUCCAAAGGGUGCCUGCACCCAGCUCCAGUGUCCGGUUGACCUUCACGCUGCCCUCUCCCUCCCCAGAGCUGGUGGACUGCGAUCUUCUGGACGAAGCCUGUGGAGGUGGCCUGCCUUCCAAUGCCUACGAGGCGAUUGAGCAGCUGGGGGGCCUGGAGACCGAGCGUGACUACAGCUACCAAGGUUUUGAACAGAAGUGUGGCUUCUCCAAGGAGAAAGUGGCUGUUUACAUCAACAGCAGCGUGGCCAUCUCCCGGGACGAGAAGGAGAUUGCAGUCUGGCUGGCCAAGAACGGUCCCAUCUCCAUUGCUCUGAAUGCCUUUGCUAUGCAGUUCUACCGGAGGGGAAUUUCCCACCCUUUCUUCAUCUUCUGUAAUCCCUGGAUGAUUGACCACGCUGUCCUCUUGGUGGGCUACGGCAAACGUGGCCGAGUUCCAUUCUGGGCGAUCAAGAACAGUUGGGGGGAAGAUUGGGGAGAGAAGGGCUACUACUACCUGUAUCGCGGCAGCCAUGCCUGUGGCAUGAACAGCAUGUGCAGCUCGGCUGUGGUGAAUUAGCCAGCUUCAGACCCUCUCCAUCGCCUCUUGGAGCCCUGCCCUCUAGGGCUGACACGGGUCUCUGCCGCCAAGGCCUCUCCUCAGGGUCUUUCCCACAGUCCCUGUGGGGCAGAAUCUGGCACGUGUCCCCUGUGGAAAGCCGCAGCCCAGAGACUUUUUGAGAGAGAAUUGGGAGCGGAGGCCCCGGGAUAAAACCUUCAUCCUACUAGGAUUACCUUACCAGUCCAGAAUCAGUGCUGGUGUACCUGCUGGGGGUGGGAUACACAUUGCUCUCGCCAUGCAUCAGCCGUUCACCUCCUCGCUUCCACAAAUUGUUUUUUGAAUUCUUUUUUUUUUUUUACUGUUUGUGGGCUGCAGACCUGCCAUACCCUAAGUCUGGCUUGUUUUAACCCUGCUUAGGUUUUUUUGCAGUGCAAACCCAACAGGUGAUUAUGGUUCUGUGCAUGGUGUAAUCCCAGGGUUGAAAAGAGCUUAGUUUGGUAUAUGACAUCGGUGUAACUGUUGGGAAUGCAGAGGGAGCUGAUCCUUAGAGCUCAACAAUUAUUUCUCAUGAGCUAAUUUCAGAUUUGAGAUGACUCAGCGACAGGCCCUGCUUCUAUGCAGGAAGGUCUCUCAGUAAAUUAUGGGGGACAUCAGAUCCUUCUGGUAGAGAACUUCUGCCGAGAAAGACAGAGGUAUCAGUAGUGUGCUAGUUGAACACUGUGGUCUCACUUCUUAUAAUUUAACUUCAAAAACUCUGUAAGAGGGAUGUUCUGACAAACUCCUCUUCCUUGCAAGGGUCCUUUAGGUGCUCCAUCAGUAGGUGAGCAUUAGUAUUCUCUUCCUGGAUGUGAGAAACAAUAAAACACACUUCUAACAAAAAUGUCUUUUGCUUAAGAAU